AUGAAGCGGUCGUCCUCGGACGCCGGCUUAGACUCCGUCGCUCCUGACGGACGGAGUUCUGUCCCGCGAGUAUCGAAGGCGCGAGCCUGUGCCGAUUGCAAACGUCAUAAGAUACGAUGCGAGUUCAAGCCAGGCGAGGCCAGCUGCACCAAAUGCCUACGCAGUGGAAUCAAAUGCGUGGUAAACGACUUUUCGCAAAAGUUCGUUGAUGAUGAUGGCGUGUGGAAAUCUCAAGCGACAGCGACCAUCAACCAGCUCCAAGCCGCCGUCUCUCACCUGCUCCGUCGGUCAGGUCUACAAGAUCUUUCGACUUUCGCAUCGGGAGAUUCCCAAAAUGACCCUAGCCCCGUCGUAUCCCAGCACCCACUUAUCUUCGAUGAACCUCCAGCGCAAAACCAUGCCGAGCAUCACGGGCCCGGUGCGGUGAUGGACGUGGCGCGAGAACCUUCCCAAGAACCCGACCUUCAAAGCCCGGAGCUAGUGCCAGCUCCAAUGCGCAGUCUCUAUGAGGUUACCAAGCUGCGCAAUCUACGAAAUAAUCCCAUCCAGCAGCCCAAACUGACCCUACUGGAAGAGGACUUCAUAUCGCGAGGAUUGAUCUCUCUACAUGAGGCUGAGGAGCUCUUUGCCUAUUUCAGUAGGACAAUGAAUCAGCUCCUUUGGGGAGGCAUAAUCCUAGUUCAUCGCGAUCUGACCUCUGUACGCCGAGCGUCGACCUUGCUCUCCGCGGCCGUCCUUACCGUUGCUGCGCUGCAUAUCCCAAAUCGAACGGAAACGCUGAAUCGCUGCUACAGCGAGUAUGUCUCGCUCGUUUCAAGCAUGUCCCUAACCAGAGCUCAUACCCUUGACGACAUCCGGGGACUCUGCAUCGGGGCUUUUUGGUUAUCCGAGCUAAGCUGGAAGCUGUCUGGCCAUGCAGUGCGCAUCGCUACGGAAUUAGGUCUCCAUCAAAGCCAUCAGAAAAUGAUAAGAGGACAUAGUGAUCAAUAUGAGCGCGCACAACUCUGGUACCUGUUGUAUGUCUGCGAUCACCAUUUCAGUAUCGCAUACGGGCGCCCGCCGGUGAUUCAUGAGGAUGCAGCCAUCAAGAACUACGAGACUUUCCUGCAAUCCCCGACUGUCGUCCCUGGUGAUAUCCGGCUCAUGGCACAGGUGGCCUUGUUCAUGAUCUUGACGGAGGCAUAUCGCAUGUUCGGGAGUGACACGGAGCAAGCUUUGACCGAAGAGGAUUUUGGUCAGUUAAGGGUUUACAACGUUGCGAUCGACCAAUGGAGACUUCUCUGGCAACCACGAUCUGCCGACAGUCCUUAUGUGCGGACAUACCCCUCGAAAGGAGUGGUUCUUCACUACCAUUUUGCCAAGUUUCAGCUGAACUCCCUCUCUCUGAGGGCAUUGUCGCCGUCCAAUACUCCCGUGUUCUCCAUGGACCGCAAAGAAUCCGCAAAUAUCGCCAUUUCAUCUGCCAUGGCGUGUCUGAACAUGGUGCUCGAGGAACAGGACAUUCGAGAUGCCAUCGUCGGCGUUCCUAUUUUCACCCAUACGAUGGUCACCUUCUCAGCGGUAUUCCUUCUCAAGGUGGCCGUGAACUGGAACUCGGCAUAUCUAAGUCUCGACGGUCGGCAAGUGCGUGUGUUGGUGGAGCGGGUGAUCGAAUUGCUCAACUGUGUUUCCGCCGGCGAGAGACACCUCACGCGACACAUUGCGCGGGGACUGGGAAAGAUGUUGGAGCGAUUCGAUUCCUGGGAGACCUCAUGGCAAACAGGGGGUAACUCUGUCGGAGGACCCGUGGAGCGACCGGGGGGCGACGUACCUGGAGGCGCGAAUGCCAUGGCUCAGGGCUUUCCACCUCCCGACCUGAUCUACGACAUGGUGGGCACGUACGGAUUUGGACUGGACGAGAAUCUGCUUGAUCCCAGCAUGGCGAAUUUCGAAUUUUUGGCGCAUUGA